AUGAGGAGUACCGUGGUUGACCAAGCCGCUGCUGACCAACGCGUUCAGCAAAGGAUUGAAUCACCAGAGUUUUGGGGUUCCAUGGUCCGGGACGGUGCUAGAGUCAUGAAGCACGACAAUACGCAGCCGUCUGCGCUCACCAUUGUUAGAGCGGUGCUUUUGCAACAAGCCCGCCCUGUUCAGCUCCAAACCGAGCUUGUGGGCAACGGCUACGACCUUUCGACUACGUCAGUCAGGAUGCAACUCACCACAGAUUUCAAGGCCAUGAUAUUUAGAGACACGAGCCGUAUAACGGAGCUGGAAGAGGAACUUCGAAGGACUGCUGCAGACAAUGCUGCCAUGAGAGUUAGGCUGGAGGGAGAUAUUAAUGAUCUCAUCGGAAAGCUGAAAAGGGCGGAAGAUGAUAUCGAGAGACUCAAGCAACGAAGGAGGUGUGUGAUCUUGUAA